AUGGGCAGCUGUGGUGGAGUCCAAUACCCACCAGAAAUCAAGGAUGUGUUUAACUACCUCAGUGCUGACUCGCCCAUCACUGAGGAGAGUGAUGGGCAGGCAGGAAGAGAGGAGCCAAAAUGCAGCACUCACGGAGGCUUUAUUGCUGGGAAGAAACUGAACAAAAGACUAACUAAACUGGGAGAAUGGAACAAACUAAACAGGUUGGCAGGCUGGCAAACAGAACACACAGCGGAAGUGAGGAGUGUAGUAAGCACCUUCCUGCCUCCUCCCCAGGUGUUCCAGAGGAGGUUGGACGGCUCGGUGAACUUCUACAGACCCUGGGAUCAGUACAAGACGGGCUUUGGUAACGCUGCUGGAGAGUACUGGCUUGGUUUGGAAAAUGUCUUCUACCUGACGCAGAGAAAAAGGUACGAGCUGAUGGUCAACAUGGAGGAUUUUGAUGGAAACAAAGUGUUUGCUCGUUACUUCUCGUUCUCCAUCGGUGGAGAGUCUGACGGCUACAGGCUGAAUGUGUCUGGAUUCACUGAUGGAGGGGCAGGAGAUGCCCUGAAUUUUCACAGCCAACAGAAGUUCUCUACGUUUGACAAAGACCAGGACAGCUCGUCAGUGCACUGUGCAAAAACAUAUCUGGGGGCGUUCUGGUACAACGACUGUCACUUUGCAAACCCUAACGGGGUUUAUCGUUGGGGAGCUGAUGGCACUAUCUUUGCUGUUGGUGUGGCCUGGCACCAGUGGAAGGGUCAUGAUUACUCUCUGAAGACCAUCAGCAUGAAGAUCCGUCCUCUGCAGUUAAUCUACAGAACAAACAAAUGUCUGACAUGA